UUUAGGAAUGCACAGAAAUCUGAACGUUCUGUUGGGAAAGUUUUUUCCUUUGUAAAUUUUUGCAGCUGGUCGGAAAACACUGUUGGCACUUCCUGUAAACCUUGAUUGAGUGAAAUGGCCAAGUUAGAAAAACUAAUAGAAGAACGAAAUUUAAAAUGUCUUAUCACAUGUGCUUUGAGAUCAGCUAUGAAGUGACGCGAAAAUUGAAUUUUGUGGGUGAAUCAUCGUUCUAGACAACGUCGCAGACUACUGUUCGCAGUAAACUAUAUGUAUUUUCUGAAGGAAUCUACCUGUAGGGUCAGUAAAAGUAUAAAAAGGAGGACAGUUUAUCAUUUAACAGUGAGCAGAGACAACACUUGAUUCCCUCUACCCUUGUUACUGUGCAUGUUUUAAUGCAGAUUGAUGCUGAACCAAUUUUAAUGUCAGGCUAUCACUGUCCGAAUCAUGAUUUAAUAAGUCACUAUAAUAUCAUAUUUCAUGGUCAUCAAACAAACUUUCCUCUAAUGUCAACUUUAUCGUCAAUCAGACCAUGCAAUUUUAGCCAUGUGCGUGUAAAUAAAGAUGGAACAAAUACAGACGUUUCGUUUCACUCGCUCUGCCAUUUCCAGGCUGCCGAGAAAUGUGCUAUUUUUGGUUCAGUCUGCAGUUACUGCUGGUAAUGGGAAGUUCGGAUCAUUUUACGGACUCGGUUCUUUGAAUCUCGUUCAUUAAAAGGAACGAAUCCUUUUUCGAGUCAUUCGUUCAUUUCCACCUAUCCAGGUCACGUGAAAAAGGAUCCGAAGACUCGUACCCGAAGACCCAGUUGGGAAAUGAACGAAUCAUUUCUGUUUCCUCGAGCCUGAAUGAGCCUAAGCAACAGUCCCAAUGCGCGGUCACGAGAAAAAUGAACCAAUCACUCUUUGAGAGGACUCUACUCCCAAGUCCUUGAAUCGUUCACGAACAACACAUCACUAUAGUUACUGCAGACUAGCAGUCACUUUUUAUUCACAUUAACUCGUGUUAAAAGUAAAGUUUAAAUAUUAAUAAUGCCUCGCAAUGAAUAUGUAACUGCGCCAUCAUCCUCUAGAAGAUCUUAUACAAAUUCUAAGAAACUGGAGGUAAUUGAACUUGCGAAACAGAAAGGAAACCGUGCCGCAGGAAGAGAACAUGGAGUACAUGAAAGACAGGUUCGUCAGUGGAGACUCCGCGAAGAUGACCUGAAAAAGCAGAAAACCACUGCCAGAGCCGCUGGUCGAGGUCAACGCUGCCGCUGGCCAAAUUUAGAGAAGCAUAUGGCGUCUUGGAUCACAGCCCAGCGAGAUGCCGGAAAAGCCGGGAGUACUGUAGCCAUUCGACUAAAAGCCAGUGUAAUGGCAAAGGAAAUGGGACAUGAGGAUUUUACGUCUAGCCCAUCUUGGUGCUUCCGCUUUAUGAAGAGGAACAAUUUAUCUAUCAGAGCCCGAACAGCUGUUGGACAGACAUUACCUGAUGGCUGGGAGGAAAAAAUGCCAAGGAAGAAAUACUGGCGCAAAGGGCUUAAUAUUAAGGCUGCUGCUUUAGCACGCAGGAUCUUGAAAGCCAGCGAAAUGGCAAAGGGCCUGGAAGACAAGGAGGCGGAGCUGAAGCCCACUCCGCAGAAGCUGAUGAUCUCGUCUGGCUCCCAGACGAAGGUCAACUGGAAGGAUAUGUCCCAGGAGGCCAACAGGGAGAAGGUCAACGGCAUGCCCAGGUUGGGUGUUGACGAGGACCUUCCCCUGCCUGGGCACCAUGGCCCAUCCCCUCCCCCAGCCCAGGUUUCACCUGACAGACAGAGAGUGCUCAGGGCCCAGAGGGUGGAACAGCCCAGAGUAGCGUUAGGGUCCCCUGUCUCUCUGCAGGCGGACCCUAGCUUGUAUCAUGGCCACAAUGGAGAAGUGGUCCACAGAGCUGAGAAGAGGAAGAGGUGUAACACUGAUAGCGGAUUACCUGGUGUAUCUGCUGACCACAGCGGGAAAAGGCAGAAAGGGAAACUAAAGAGUGCAGACUCGGGCCAGGUGGGUCAGCUGUUGGCCGUGUCUCUGAAGGAGGAGGAGCUGAGCCAGUCCAUGCUGGCCUUGGACAUUUCUCUCAUCCAGGCCCGCAGCUCACUGCAGGCUGCCUUCACCAAAGUUCAGCAGCUCCUGUUGGCCAAACAGCAGGUGAUUACCGAGAUCAACUGUCUGCGAGCCAGGCGUGUUGAGGAAUCUUCACUGGGAAGCACCGUCUUUUGAAAUUCCUUUUUCGAACAAGAAUGACAACGAGGCCCAGUGAUGUCAUUUCCUGUCUGCCACCUCUGAUCUGCAGGUUGCCAAGUCAGAUGGACAAGUUUUCCCACCCAGUCUGGAAACAGAAAAGUCCGACCCGAUCCUAGAGGCUCCAAAACUGACCCAGAAGAAGAAGGUUCCAGAUUCCAUGUAAAUCAUAUGCAAAAGGAUUGUUCAUUGUGUUAAAUGCAAUGAUUUGGCAUUUUAUGCAUAAGUGUAUUGUAUUUUUCCCAAAUCCAAAAAUGAAAGAGAGAAAACUAACAAUGGGUUGGACUGGCUUGGCAAGGAGAUCAGUGAACAUAUGAACUGGGUCUAACUGAUGUGCACUAUAUGCUUAACUGCAAUGAAGCGAGUGCUGUGGGAGAGAUUGACUUGCAGUAGAGGGUACAAGUUGAUAUAUUAUUUUUCAAAAGUCACUUUUUGAAGUAAUUUGUUUCUUAUUAACCCAAAUGUAGAAAAUAGUUUUUCUAAGCAAUUCAGUUUUGAGAGGAAGUUGACUUUUGUUGUUCUGUAGUGGCACUUGUUAUUUCUGUUACUUUCUGUCUGUUUACUUGUGCGUUCUUCCAACCUCUGUGAUAAACAAGCCAAAUGUACAGAUUCAAAGGGCUUUUUCUAAUGUUGAGUUGUGAUUGCACUGUGCAAAGGCUAUAUUGAGUUCCUUGAUGUUUUCAUUCAUUUAUGACCUUAUUGCGGAAUGUCAACAUGUAAUUCCUGGUUAGUCACUUUUGUGAUGGACGUCAAUGUGAUUUAAAGGGGCAGGUACUGAGUUGAAGGAGUCUAGAGCAGCUUUAAUUUCAUGUCAGUCAUUUUAACGGUAUAUCAGGAAUUUAGUUCCAUUGCCUUAACCUGUAGUGUGCGUUGACAUUUCUUAUUGUUACCAUCCAAAUGCAGGUUUGAUUAAUGUCAGAAAUAAAUGUAUGCAGUUUGUGUAUGUUGAUUUGGAUAAAAGUGCUAAACAGAUAAAUGUAAACUGUAGUUACCAGAA